AUGAUCACAUAUCAAGCAAGAUCAGCCCUCAGACGAAAUACAAGCAACCAUUGCUCGAAGCAUGUCAGCUUUUGCGCACCCACUAAGCGGACCUUGACGCUCGCCACACGCUCGCGCUCCGACUCUCUCGCGAAUGGCAAGCCGCUUACGACAAUCUUGGUCACUCCACAAGGCCUGCGACGUUCAAUCUCGACCGUACAGGACUCGCUUCACCCUCGCUCGCAGACAGCAGCCAGCGCAAGUCAGCUCGCCAGCGUUCCGAGCAGUGAAGUCUCGGAGGACAACAGAAAGAUCGUCGAGGAUUGGCUGCUCUUUCAUCCCACUUACACUAAAGACGAAGUCGAAGCUGUCAAGGUCGUCCAUCGGGCCAAUCUGACGCUCAGCGAUCGAGUGGCCGACUGGGCCAUCGGCGCCAUCAGGUGGACUUUUGAUGCUGCCACGGGCUACGCACACUUUGACGCCAAGAAAGCUGACGAGCUCGCUAAGAAGCGCGGCGCGACGCUCAGCCUACAAGAACUGCGCGAGGCUGGUCUGGCGAUGAGUCCCAAGCUCUGGAUGCGCCGGUUCAUCUUCCUCGAGACGAUAGCAGGCGUGCCUGGUUCGGCAGCUGCGAUACUACGUCAUCUCAAGAGUCUCCGCACCAUGGAGAGGGACGGCGGCUGGAUUCACACACUCUUGCAAGAGAGCGAGAACGAGCGGAUACAUCUCUUUAGUUUCCUCGAGAUUACCAAGCCAGGUCGCUUCAUGCGCCUCAUGACUAUGGCUGCCCAAGGUGUCUUUACUAGCGCUUUUGCACUAGCAUAUGUCAUAAGCCCGCGUAUCUGUCACAGAUUCGUGGGCAAGCUUGAGGAGCAAGCCGUGUUGACAUACACUCUCGCUAUUGACGAGAUCAAGGCUGGUCGAUUGCCCGAAUUCGACAGAAAGGCGCCAGAGAUUGCGAUCAAUUACUGGCGAAUGCAGCCAGCUGCCACUUUUCUUGAUAUGCUCUACCAGAUCCGCGCAGAUGAAGCCACGCAUCGAUUCAUCAAUCACUCUCUCGCCGAUCUCAAGUCUACCGAUAUGAAUCCUUUCGCGAUGCGCGAGCCAUCGGCGAGUAUACGCGGCACUGAGCCUGGAUACGAUCGCGAGAAGUCACUCGCGUUCAGCGAGACGGUCAAGGAGGAUCUACUCAAGCGGCACAGAGAAAGCGGCAAGGCUGCCUGGUAG